AUGGCUCCCCAGGGGGACCUCCGAACUGCUACGGUGACUUACAUCCGUUGGGAGAGGGUGGCAGCGGUGAGUCGGGGAUUGCAGACUUUCACGCAUGUCAUCUUUGUCUUGCUGAAGCGGGACAAAGUGAUUUUUGGCAUGACCGUAUUGCAGACCAUCUUGACCAUUUUCUUUGAUUAUCUUUUUGCAAGCGAACUCCCUGGCUCCUUCCGCUUUGGAGUCCUUGGUCUGGCCAUCUCAGCCACUUGCACCUACACCUUGCUAUUUCUCCUUGCUUUGCGCUACCUCCCGAAAUUGUUUGUUCCCCCUUUCAAUUGGACCUGGCUCAUGAAAUGGUGGUGUGGGGGUCGAUGGGCCGGACUUGCUGGUUUCCUUGCAGAACCUUAG